AUGACGAACAAAUUUGUGGCUUUUUUUGCUACGCCUAACGGCCAGACAACAUCAGCUGUGGCAGUUUUGGUAGCCACAUCUUCAGCUUUAUUGGCAAAAUAUUUACCAAAUUCUUUACUGGUGGAGCAAUCACGGGAAUUUCUGCAACUAUUCAAGGGUGGUUUACCGGUUCCAGUGUCUGCUGAAACAAUUCAAAAAAUAAAUCAAGUUAAAAGUGAUUUGAGACUGGAAGAAGAUGUAGCAAACAGAAUACCUACAGAAAAAGCCUUUACUGUUUUUGGUUUUGACGUACUCCACAUUGGGUCUGCUACUUUUAAGACUGGAGCCCUGCUUGGAAUACCCGUCAAUUUUUCCUAUAAAUCUUCCAUCAGCGAGGCAGACAAGAAAAAAAUAGUUGUAGGACAACAGACUGUCCACUGGAGUACACCUGAAGGACUAGCACUGGAAUCUUCCUUGAUUUUGUCCGAUUCGGCUCAAAAGUAUGCAAUAGCCCGAGAAAUGGCCAAAGCAAAUACCCACCAUGUGGCAAUCCAAACGGGGCUCAAUGGGGCCGCCGUCUUUGUCUAUUACUACUUGACUUAUACGUUCAAUAGGAGAGCAAAUAUGUUUGCACGUCCUUUGAAGCUUCGUGUCGUACUUUACUCGCUAUUAGGCUCUAUAGCGUUUACUACAUGGUUAUUCUUGAAAGAUUUCACAACCUAUCGUUGGGAAGAGAAAGGGGAUGAAAAGGCAGCCAGCGUAUCAGAGGAAUACGCGCAAGGGGCCCUCGAAUUCUACAGCAAGAUUUUGCAAAGGAAUUUGGCAAUGCGAUCCCUUCUUGGCGAUGAAGGACCCAAGUUGUAUACCAGCUCCGGUAAUGAUCGUGAGACUUUUCGAACCAAACAUGUCCCCUUUGUGGUCCUUCGAGACAGAGCUGCAGCUCGUUGUGAAUCUUUUAAAAAGUCAAAAGAGCCUGAAGUACCGACUCCUACAUAAAUGGGAUGAAUAGUAAUUCAUCCCAUUUCUAUUGUCUAGCUGCCAUUAGCUGUCUUGUAAAAGUAAAAUAAAAUUUAAAUAUCCAUCUAAGGAUGCAAAAGGAA